AUGGGUGGGCCGCACACCCUGUCUGUGGACGCCGCUCAGGUGGGUGGGCCGCACAUCCUGACUGUGACGCCGCUCAGAUGGGUGGGCCGCACACCCGUCUGUGAGCGCCGCUCAGACUCCGUAUUUGAUGAUCUGGGGGACAACAAGAGCUUUAGGAAGCUGCUGGAAAAGCUCAAGACCAAUGACGGCGACCUGAAGAUGUUGCGGCGGGCGUUCACUCCCUCCGCGGACGAGAUGAAGCAGUACGGCAUAAAGAGCUCGCAGUUCAUCACCUCCUGCCUCUCUGGACCACACCAAGUGUACCCACGAUCCGGUCUGCGCGUGACGCUGAAUGUCGACCCGAAACGGUACGCCUCGCUGCUGACGCCGGACGUGGGCGUGCGCGUGCUGAUCCACCCGCCCGACCAGCUGCCCUUCCCGGAGGAGAAGGGCUUCAGCGUGCUGCCCGGCCUGACCACCAUCGUCGGCAUGCGGCGGAAGCGGAUCGAUCGCGUGGGACCGCCGCACGGCACGUGCCGCUCCACUGCCGAGUGGGGUGACAAGACCAAAUACACGCCCACGGCGUGCCGCAAGCGCUGUCAGGAGGCGGACAUCCGAGAGACCUGCAACUGCGCCGAUUCGGUGAACAAGGCGCUGACGAUCGGCCUGCCGUCUGACCUGCCGCCCUGCAAUCCGCUGACCAGCCUGGAGGACGAUCGGUGUCGGCAGCGGGUCAAGUCGAAAUACGCCCACGGUUGUCAGCACCUGUGACUGCCCCCCAGCCUGUGUUGAGGAUCGAUAUGAUCAGACCGUCUCCAUGAAUCUCCCCAAUAAGAUCUACUACAAGAUCAUCAGGAACAUCACGGACGGCUAUGCUGGUGGAGAUAUCUGUGAUACGUCCGAGAUUUCCAACAAUACGAUCCGACUCCAGCUGUUCCUGGAGGAUCUCUCAUACGAAAGCAUCCACGAAUCGGCGGCCUACUCACUGGAGGCGCUCAUCUCCAACAUCGGUGGCUUGAUGGGGCUGUUCGUGGGCAUCUCGGCACUGACGCUGGUCGAGUUCAUCGAGUACGCGAUGGAGCUGGUGACCAACGGCUGCCGUAACUGCUGCAGCAGCUCGGCCAGCAAACGUUCCGGCAUCCGGCGCGUCGAGGUGCUGCCCCC